UUUGUCCCGAUGAGCCCGGGCCGACAUGGACCUGCGCCACUGCGUUUGUCUGGUCCUUUUAACCAGGCUGAGGCUUUUCACGGUGGGCCAGGUGAUUCCAUGUCGUUCUACUCAGUGGCAGUGUGAUGAUGGAAGCUGCAUCUCUGCACUGUGGAGAUGUGAUGGGGAAGGAGACUGUCUUGAUGGAACAGAUGAACUGGACUGUGACGGCUCUUCUGCUUGUCCACGAGGCCAGUUUUCUUGUGUUGACUCUGUGAAAUGUGUAAACAUGUCCGCUCGUUGUGAUGGGAAGAAGCAGUGUCCAACAGGCUAUGAUGAGGAGAACUGUGAGCACAUACUGGGCUGUCUGAAUUCCGAGUGGACUUGUAACAACAAUCUCUGCAUUACCAUGGACCUGCGCUGCAAUGGAGAGAAUGACUGUUUGGAUAAUUCGGACGAGCAGAAUUGUGGUCUGUGCAUUGAAAGCCUAAGGUGUCCAGAUGGAACCUGUCUUUCUCUAGAAAAGCAGUGUGAUGGUACAGUGGACUGUGUUGAUGGAAGAGAUGAGCCCAUUACAUGCAGGCGGAGUUGCUCCAUAAAUAACGGUGGCUGUAGUCAUUCUUGUGUGGAUGAGCCAUGGGGAGCUCUGUGUUCUUGUCCAAGAGGAUACAAGCUGUCUUUUGAUGGAGCAACUUGCAAAGAUGUGGACGAGUGUGCCCUGGCUCGUCCUCUCUGUAUACACUCCUGCGUUAACACUUUGGGGUCAUACUAUUGCCAGUGCCGAGAAGGAUUCACACUGAUUAAAGGCUCUGUGUGUUUGGCUAAAGGCAAUAUUACAAGACUUGUGACCGUGCAGAGGAAUACUUUGGGGCUUUUGGACGUGAAAUCUCGGCAUUUUGAAGUAGUUCAGUUUGCCGUAUAUGAGCCAGUGGCCUUGGCAUAUGACUUGGUGCGAGCUCUGUACUACUGGGCUGACGGCCAUGGACUUAUUCAUAAGACUAAUGGACGGCAUACCUGGACCAUCUAUGCUGGACAACCUGGUAUCCGAAGUUUAGCUUGCAAUUGGCUAAAUGGACAACUGUACUGGACCAAUCAAGAGACCAGGACCAUCUAUAUGCAGGUGGCAGAUGGAAAAACUUACACCACUGUCUCAAGCAAAAAUGUCAAUCCAUCUGACUUGGUGCUGCUGCCCAUUGAGAGUUUAAUGUUCUGGAUCAAUGCUGGACCAGGUGAGCGGGUAACCAUAGAGAAGUCCUGGAUGGAUGGUUCAGACCGGAGCUGUCUGGCCGUGCUCACAGCUCAGGCUGCCCAUGGCCUCACUGCUGAUGUCGCUGCCAGAAGGCUCUACUGGAUCAGUGAUUCAAAGAAGUCCAUAGAGACCGUGAAGGUGGAUGGUAGUGGCCGAUAUUCAUUUCGUGGUGUGUUUAGCCAAGGACCUGCUCUGAGCCUCACUGUGUUUGAGCAGUUUUUCUACUGGAGUGACAAAAAGGGGCUGUGGCAGGCUCCAGAGAUCUCUCCAAAUCAGAGGAGACUGAUCUGGAAAGACCCUCUGCCUUUAAUAAAUGUGUUCCAUGAGCUGCAGCAACCACAAGUCUCCUCUCCAUGUGCAGGAGCGCCAUGCGAGAUCUGCCUGCUCGCCAAAAGCAACACUCUGGGAUUCACCUGCACCUGUCCAAACUCCAAGCUACUUCUGCCCAAUGGCAUUUGCGAAUAUCCAAGAAUUGUUUAUGGGACCCUUCGCACUGUCAACUUUGUGGAGUUUAAAGGUGGAGAGGCUACUGAAGUCCAGCUGUUUACAACAGAUGAGGGCAUUCUGUCAUUUGAUAUUGACUGGUCUAGGGACUGGUUUUAUUGGGCCAACCAAACUGGACAUGUGAAAUGUACCAGUCUGACACAAGUCAAGACUGAAAAAAUACCAACAUCUUCACCAGCCUGCCUGCUGAAGGUGGAUCAAAGAAGUGGAAACUUGUAUUGGGUGUCGUGUGAUCAAAAGAGCAUAAACGUGAUCAGCGCUGACCGUCGAUACACCCAGAAACUCUAUGACUCACGACGAGAGCUUGAGGAUCUGUACUUGGAUUGGCUGAGAGGCGGGAUUCUGUGGCAAGAAAAAGGUCAUAUUUUUGCCAUGAGCAUGAUGGGAGGCAAGCCCUUAGCUUUGCUCCGAUUAGGGGGAGGAGUAGUGGGGACUCUAGCUUUUGACCUGAGGGCCAACAGUCUUCUCUGGAACUCUAAUCCUGCAGGUUUGGUAACUAUGAGUUUGUUUUGGGACAGAAGCCAUGUAGUGGGUAAAAGAUGGAACAUAACUGGAUCUGUAGUUUUUGCUCUGGAGCCUUUCCUCCUAUCUUUCUCUGACAACACAAUGACCCUUUGGGAUCGCAGAGAUGGAAGAUCUAUUCAGUCCAUAACUGUGCAAAGCCAUGUGAUCGGUGUUAUUCAUGCACUCAAAGACCUCCAAGCAGGUUGGAAAGAUGCAUCCGUCUCAUUGCCAUAUCCUCAAUCCAGACAGAUGUGCAAAAGUCCCGCAGUGCUCUGUCCUCAGGCUUCAGUUUUUCUCUGCAUAUCUCCAAGUCAAGUUUGUGACGGCAUCAAGGACUGUCCGGAUGGGUUUGAUGAAAAUAAUUGUGUCAAAAGAUGCGCUUCAAAAAAUGACUUCCUGUGCAAAGAUCGCAGAAGCUGUGUGUCUCAGGACCUGGUCUGUGAUGGUCGAGCUCAUUGCAUAGAUGGCUCAGAUGAGAUGAACUGCCCAAGUUUAGCCACUCCCUCUGCCCCGUCAAACAUCCUGAAGUGUCGCCAUGGCUCCAGACCAUGUGGGGACAGGUCUGAGUGUGUCCUCUUCAGUCACGUGUGUGAUGGACAGAGGGACUGUAGUGAUGGAUCAGAUGAGAAUGAAUGUGAAAAUACUGCCAAUGCCCUUGAGGAAGAUCAUCUAUCCAUAAUAGAACAAUCACAACCUACUGCACCAUUCAUUCAGCCACCAGCCCAACCAGCCUGCAAAAGUCCUUCAGUCCUGUGUCCUGGCUCAUCUGUGUGCCUCCUGGAAACACAGUUUUGUGAUGGGAGAAAGGACUGUCCUGAUGGAUCAGAUGAGAAAUGUGUCACAAGAUGUCCCUACAUGACUGACUUUCUGUGCAAAGAUCACAGGAGCUGUGUCUCACAGCAUCUUGUUUGUGAUGGUCGGGCUCAUUGCCUUGACUCCUCAGAUGAAAAAAACUGUCUAAGUUCAACUGAUCCAACAUCUUCACCAAUCAUGCACAGAUGUCGCUUUGGCUCUAGACUGUGUGCAGACGGCUCAGAGUGUGUCCUCUUCAGUCACGUGUGUGAUGGACAGAGGGACUGUGCAGAUGGAUCAGAUGAGGCUGAAUGUGAAACUACUAGAAGUCCAGACAAAAUUAAAUCUUCAACUGCACCAUUCACUCAGCCUACAACCCAACCAGCCUGCAAAAGUCCUUCAGUCCUGUGUCCUGGCUCAUCUGUGUGCCUCCUGGAAACACAGUUUUGUGAUGGGAGAAAGGACUGUCCUGAUGGAUCAGAUGAGAAAUGUGUCACAAGAUGUCCCUACAUGACUGACUUUCUGUGCAAAGAUCACAGGAACUGUGUCUCACAGCAUCUCAUCUGUGAUGGUCGGGCUCAUUGCCUUGACUCCUCAGAUGAAAGAAACUGUCCAAAUCCAGCUGAUCCAACUUCUCCAUCAAUCAUGCGCAAAUGCCGCUUUGGCUCCCGGCUGUGUGCAGACAGCUCUGCGUGUGUCCUUAUCAGCCACGUGUGUGAUGGACAGAGGGACUGCACCGAUGGAUCAGAUGAGGAAGGAUGUGAUGCUUUAGAGAUGACUACAAGAAGUCCAGAAAAAAUACAAUCAACUGAACCAUUUGCUCAGCCUCCAACUAAACCCCCCUGUCGCAGUCCUUCAGUCCUGUGUCCUGGCUCAUCUCUCUGCAUCCUUGAAACACAGUUUUGUGAUGGGAGAAAGGACUGUCCUGAUGGAUCAGAUGAGAAAUGUGUCAAAAGAUGUCCAUACAAAGAUGACUUCUUGUGCAAAGAUCGCAGGAACUGCGUGUCUCAGGACCUGGUCUGUGAUGGUCGGGCUCAUUGUUUAGACGGUUCAGAUGAAAUGAGUUGCCCAAGUUUAGCCUCUCCCACUGAUCCCCCAAAUAUCCUGAAGUGUCGCCAUGGCUCCAGACCAUGCGGGGACGGGUCUGAGUGCAUCCUUUUUAGCCACGUGUGUGAUGGACAGAGGGACUGUAGUGAUGGAACAGAUGAGGAUGGGUGUGAUGCCAAAGAUGGUGAUCCAACAAGCUUAGUAAAAGCAAAGUUCCCAUCAAUGAAUGAAGUGAAGUGGUCAUGUGCUCGUCCAUCAGUCCUGUGUCCUGAAUCCUCUGUGUGCAUUCUCCCAACACAGUUCUGUGAUGGCAAGUUAGACUGUCCAGGUGGCUUUGAUGAGAACUGUGAAACAAGAUGCCCUGAUAAAAGUGACUUUCUUUGUAAAGAUUUUCUGAGCUGUGUUUCAAAAAAUCUGGUUUGUAAUGGCCACUCUGACUGUAGUGAUGGGUCUGAUGAGUUUAACUGUCCAAACAUCAUUCCUCCUCCACCAUCUGGUGAUCUCCAGUGCCCCCGAGGCUCAAAGCCCUGCAAUGAUGGCUCAGAGUGUGUUUUACUCAGUCAUUUAUGUGAUGGAGAGGAGGACUGUCAGGAUGCAUCUGAUGAAUUACUAUGUCCAAAAUCCUGCAAACAAGGUGCAUUCCAGUGUGCCCAUGGAAAAAUGUGUAUCCCCAGCUCACAGGUGUGCGAUGGCAAGAUCCAUUGUCUAGACCAUUCAGAUGAAAUAAACUGUCUUAAACAAACCAAGAGCUGUGAAUUCCAUUGUCUUGAUGGAAAGCGCUGCAUCCCCAAAACGUUCCUGUGUGACGGAGAGAGGGACUGUGAAGAUGGCACUGACGAGCAGGAAUGUGUGACAGCAGCUCCCCAAUCCUGCAACAGUCCGUCGCUCCUCUGCCCGGGUACAUCGGUGUGUGUGUCCCAAAGCCAACUUUGUGAUUACAAGAAAGACUGCCCAGAUGGGUUUGAUGAGCAGGGCUGCAUAAUCCAGUGUGAAAACCCAGUGGAUUACUUGUGCCAGGAUAGAAACAACUGCAUCCCGCCAAUCAAAGUGUGUGAUGGCCAUGCUGACUGUUUCGACAGCUCAGAUGAGAAACUUUGUACAACCCCCUAUAGCCCAGUCAGUGCUAUAUCCUCCCCUAUAAAAUGUCGGCGAGGAUUUAAGUUGUGCAAAGACGGCCUGGAGUGUGUUAUGUACAACCACGUGUGCGAUGGAGAGGUGGAUUGUAAAGAUGGAUCAGACGAAGAGGACUGUGCGACUGACUGCAAAUCCGAGGAGUUCCAGUGUGCUCAUGGAAAGAGAUGCAUUCCUAAGGAGCAGGUAUGUGAUGGUCAGAGUGACUGCCAGGACCGCUCGGAUGAGAUGAACUGCAGAAGUGCUGGCGAGGGCUGCCAUCAGUGGUGUGAUAACAACACACGCUGUAUCCCAGACACCUUCCUCUGUGAUGGGGAAAAAGACUGUGCUGAUGGCUCGGAUGAAAACAAGUGUGGUUUGGUGGCUUGUGAGUCUAACCAGUAUCGCUGCAAAAGUGGCCAGUGUGUGUCUCAAGCUGUGCGGUGUGAUGGCUAUGCAGAUUGUGGGGAUCACUCAGAUGAGAAGGACUGCUCCAGACCACCGCGCUGCCUGACACAACUGCGCUGUCCAAACAGCCACGAGUGCCUCCAGAAGGAAUGGAUUUGUGAUGGAGAGAAGGACUGUGCAGAUGGUUAUGAUGAAAGGAACUGCAGAACUGCCCCAGUAAAAUGUAAAGAAUAUCAAUGGCAGUGUGGAGAUGACAGUCAGUGCAUCCCUUUGUCCUGGAGGUGUGAUGGAAAAGAGGACUGUGAGAAUGGAAAGGAUGAAGACCAGUGCAGCGAAAGGAAAUGUGCCCCGCAUCUGUAUACAUGUGGGAGCAGUGAAUGCCUGGAGCCCAGGCAGUUGUGCAACCGUGUGACCAACUGCGCUGACAGAUCAGACGAAGGGGCUGGGUGUCACCUGAGAAACUGCUCCAGUUCUUUGGCCCCUCGAUGUGACCAUUACUGUGUCACCACACCCAGUGGUCCGAGGUGCUUCUGUGCUGCAGGGUUCCAACCACACAGAAAUGGUUUGUCCUGUGUCGACAUUGAUGAAUGUAGAGUUUCCUCUGGAGUUUGCAAACACAUCUGCCUGAAUACCCAAGGGUCCUAUGUCUGUCAUUGUCAUCCCGGGUUCUACCUAGAACUAGAUAAGAGAAGCUGCAAGACUGAAGGCGAGGCCUUGCUUUUGGCAUCAGUUCAGUCCGAGAUGGUCAUCCUGGGGGUCCACAGUGCCACCUUGCGUGUGCUAUCAUCAGCUAAUCGACCUGUGUUUUCACUGGACUAUCACUGGGUGAAAAACAGGAUUUACUGGCUAAGCUCAAACUACCAGAGCAUACGUUGGGCUGAAAUGAAUGACACAAACAACAAAGGGACACUUAUGAAAGGAGUGAAGUCUGAGUUUAUCGCUGUGGACUGGGUGGGUAAAAACAUGUAUUGGGUGGAUGGGCUGCUGGGGCAGAUUCUGGCAGUAAAGCUCAGUGAUGACACUGUAAAAGCACAAGACCAUACUAUGGUCCUUGGAGAGUUGGAGCAGCCAAGUUCACUUGUUCUAGUUUCACAUAAGGGGCUGAUGUUCUGGUCUGAGAUCGGCAGCACUCCUCAGAUUGAGCAGGCUGGGAUGGAUGGCUCCAAGAGGAAGGUAGUGGUGAGCCAAGGCUUGAGCUGGCCUGUGAGCUUGGCCUUUGAUGUUCUGGACAAUAGGAUUUACUGGGCAGAUGAGAAGCUGCGCUGCAUUGGAUCUGCUUCUAUGGAUGGAGAGAAUGUCAAGAUUCUUCAGUUAGCAGAAACUCCCAGCCCUUUUUCUGUGUCUGUUUUUAAUGAACAAGUCUUCUGGUCAGACACUAAAAAGAGAAGUAUUCGCUCUGCUGAUAAAAUAACUGGAAAAGAUCAGAAAGUUCUUGUUAAAAGACCUGGGCAGCCUUUUGCCCUCAAGAUUAUGCAUCCCCUUUCGCAACCAUCAGUUUUCAACCCAUGUGAGCAGUUGCCUUGCUCCCAUGUCUGCCUUUUGACCCCAGUGGUGAGGAGCCGUAGUGGAAACUCUAGGGCCUCCAAGGGCCUUUCUGCAGUCUGCAGAUGCCCAAAGGGACUGCUUCUGUCAAAAGACAACCUAAAAUGCACUGUACCCAUGGAGACCACAUUCAUCAUGAUUUUGUCUCUUCAAGCCAUUUACCAGAUUCACUUGCAUUCGAUGUACAGUGAGGGUGUGGGGCUGAGGAAAAUCCCUAAUGGACGAGUACUGGCUCUCCCUGGGAUCGGUGAGGCUUCAUCAAUGGAUGUCUCCCUUCCUGGACUUACUCUGUAUGUUGCAGAUGCAGUUCUAGCAACAGUAAAUAAACUAAAACUGAGUGACUCUAGGUCAGGGCAAUCACUACUUGCUGAUGGACAAAUCCUAAAGUUGAGUCAGGAUGACUCCAUCACUGCACUAGCAGUUGACUGGGUAACCUCUAACCUUUAUUGGAGCAGCAGCAAGAGAUACAAUCUCCAUGUGACGUCCCCUGAAAGAGGCCACACUGCUUCUCUGCUCCCUGGAUCUAUGAAGGGCACUACAUCCAUUGCUGUGCACCCUCCCUCGGGCCGGCUGUGCUACACAGCUGUGGAUUUGAUGGGCAACAGUGAGGCAGAAGCAAGCUGUGCUUGGAUGGACGGACGGAAAAAGACAGUGCUAUGGAGAAAAUCCAGUGUCCCCACCUCUCUAGUCUUUUCAGACACGGGCACAGUCAUCUACUGGGCUGAUACUGGAGAAGGAGUAAUCUAUACUAUGGGUGUGGAUGGAUCAGGAUUGAAGCAGUACAAAACAGGGCCUGGGUUCCUCAUCUCAUUCACAUUUAUUGAAAACUUUAUGCUUUGGAUGACAUUUGAUAAAGAUGUAACCAGACUAUGGUUUAGUGAUGGCUUGCAGCCAAAACAUCUGUGGUUUGAAACAAAGAUCGGCUUGAUAGAACUAAAAGCCUACAGCAACAAAAGCCAGUCUGGAAGCAACAGCUGUGCAUACAACAAUGGAGGAUGUGCUCACCUAUGUCUGCCGUACCCAGGCGGAAACACGUGUCGCUGUGGGCAGGGCUUCUACACCAUUAAUGUCACUUCCUGUGCCCUGUUACCCUCCUGUCCCUCAGACUCUCAGUCCUGUCCUGAUGGUAGUAAAUGCAUCAGCAGCAGCCGCUUCUGUGAUGCUCAAGAGGACUGUCAAGAUGGCUCAGAUGAACAAGAUUGUCCAUACGAAGAUAUUGACCUCCCUGGAAUGAAAAGCAACCAGAGCUCACUGGUCAAAUCUGCACUCACUCCUUCAGACGCCAACAGCCAAAAGAAAUUGGAUGCGUCAUGUGACCUGCAAUGUAAUGGCCAUGGCUCCUGUGUUGGUGAAGGCACAGUCCAGCGCUGUCAGUGUGUGGAUGGGUACACUGGGGACUUUUGUCAAGUGGCAGAAACCUCACACAGUGGAAGAGCUGUAGGACUGGGGCUGCUUUUUGUGUUUGCACUGCUGAUUGCUGCCAUUUUUAUUUACAUAAAAAGGAGAGACCUGGCUUUAGCUCUGAGCACUACCAGAGAAAAAGAGACUCUUAUGAACAACAUCGGCUUACCAUCGGAACAGUUGGACUAUGACCAUGAGGAGCUAGACUCUCCAGUUGAUGGAAAGAGCCCUGUUUUAACCCUAGAGUCACUACAGUUAAAGCAGUAGACUGGUUUGCAUUUUUUUUAAGAACUCUGUUAUCUGUAGCCAUGUGUGGGUGUAAACUGUUGCUGCAAUAAAAUCACCUUAGAUCCU